ACUAAAGUGAAAGUGUAUAGAGAGAGAGAGAGAGAGAGAGAGAGAGAGAGAGAGGAGCUUCAUCGUCACCAUUCUCUUCUAACAUCCCGAAGAAACCCUCCGACGACGACGACGACGGGGAGCUCUCGCCCCCAUCGCCCCGUUCUAGGCUUUCGAAGGUUCUAGGGUUUCUCCCGCCGCCGCCCAUGGCGGAGGCGGAGGCGGAGGCGGAGGUGGCGGCGCCCGGGGAGGUCCUCUAUGAGAUCCGCCGCCACGCCUCCGAAUCCCUCCUCUCCCCCAAUCCCUCUCACCACCAGACGCUCGGAGGAUCGAGACGACGAGGCUUGCUCUCCUAUCUCUCCCUUCAAGGUGUAACGAGUCUUAAGGAGAAAUGGAAUGAGUAUAGUCGGGGGAGAACGCCGAAUAGGAGGAUGACGUCGCUCUUCGUCUCUCCCGACGGCGAGCAUGUCGCCGUGGCUGCAGGAAACCGGAUUGUUAUCUUGCGGAAGGAGGACGACUAUAAGGUGCCAUGCGGUGUCUUUAUCAAUAAUGACCGAUUGACUAUCUUUACAAGUGGAGCUUGGUUGGAACCUCAGGGAAUUCUUGGUGCUGUCGAUGACUUAAGUACCCUUUACUUUAUCAAAGCAAACGGAGAUGAAAUAGCAAGGAGAACAAGGAAGCAGUUAAAGCUGCCUGCACCUAUCAUUGGCCUGAUUGGGCUGGAUGAAUUAAAAAAGUUUUCUUUUUGUGGUUUCUGCAUUUUUGCGAGUGAUGGUUCAGUUCAUCAGUUUGAUGUGAAUCAAGAGCCCAUUGGAAGUGCCUAUUUGGUUCCGGCUGCAACUAAUAACUCAACAAAGAGUGUACAGUGGCCUAAAAGUGUGGCAUGCCUCGACUUUGAUCGAGAUCGCUCUUUAGUUGUUUUAGUUGGUGAUUCUUAUGUUUCAUCGAGCUCUGAAGACCAUUCAGGAGUUUUCUCUCUAUAUGUAUUGCAUAUGGAUGCAAGUUCAGAGAUAAAUCUUGUAGCUGGAAGCUCUGCAUGUAAAGGCUUAUUUUCUUCUCCAAAAGACCAUGUAACCAUCCUCUCAUCUCCGAAAGUCGCAAUAUCACCACAUGGCCAGUAUGUGGCUACGCUCGAUUUGGCUGGUUUUGUAAAGAUCUUUAAGCUAAAUUUUGAGCAGUAUGCUAUUUCUGCUCAUUCGUCUCCUGAGAAAUACUUGACUGAUAUUAUUGACAUCAGUUGGUGGGCAAAUCACAUUCUAAUCUUGGCAAACAAGAGUGGUAGCAUUAGUAUGUACAAUAUUGUUAAGAACACGAGGGUUUCAGUAAAUGAUUCAAUAUUGUGUAAGCCAAUUAUCGAAAGAGUGAAGUGUCGCCAAGGAUUUGCUUUGAUCAUGGAAUCUGGGCUACCGAAGGAAAAUAUAUCUACUACGGAGCAUGUGGACAGCAAUCUGUUAGAUAAUGAUGUAUUAUCGUGGAGUUUAUUAUCAUUUUCUGAGGUUUCUAUCUCGGAAAUGUAUUCUGUUUUGAUUAAUGAUAAUAGGUACCAAGAGGCCUUGGAGUUUGCCUCUCGGUACUGCCUGGAUACUGAUGAAGUCUUCAAAGGGCAGUGGUUGUAUUCUAACUUUGGGAUUUAUGAGAUCGACUCCUAUCUAUCAAAAAUUAAAGAUUUGGACUUUGUGUUGUCAGAAUGUGUUAACAGAGUAGGAUCUACUGAGCAUGCUUUAAGGGCUUUGAUUUCUUUUGGACUUCGUAUUACGGACCAGUAUAAAAUUUCAGACUCAGAUGACAUUAACCAUAGCUUAGCAUGGGAUAUGCGAGUUUACAGGCUUCGGUUAUUGCAGUGCAGAGACAUUUUAGAGACAUUUGUGGGGAUUAACAUGGGAAGGUUCUCCCCUGAAGAAUACAAGAAGUUCCGCUCUGUACCCCUGACUGAAACUGCCAUAGUUCUCGCUGGAAGUGGGAAAGUUGGUGCACUUAAUCUACUCUUCAAGCGUCACCCCUACACUCUUUCUCCUAAUGUUUUACAGAUUCUUUCCUCUGUCCCUGAGACAGUCCCUGUUCAAUCUUAUAGCCAGUUGCUUCCUGGAAACUCUCCUCCUCCCACUGUUGCUUUAAGAGAUGGGGAUUGGGUUGAAUGCAAAAAGAUGGUUUCAUUCAUAGAAAAAUUGCCUAGUGAAUUUGAAAAAGGUCAUCAACUUAGAACAGAAAUUAUAUUGAAACUUUCCAGGGGCUUUAUCUGGCCUUCAGAUAUUGAACUCACUGAAUGGUACAAGAAGAGAGCAAGGGAUAUUGACAACUUAAGUGGGCAGUUGGACAACAGCCUGUCAUUGGUGGAAAUUGCAUGUCGCAAGGGUAUAGGAGAGUUGCAGCAGUUUCUUGAAGACAUCUCAUGCUUACAUUGGCUAAUCUAUUCAGGCCAUCAAGAUGAUGAUUUUAGCAUGAGUCUUGCUGCCUGGGAACAGCUGCCUGAGUAUGAGAAGUUUAAAAUUAUGCUCAAAGGAGUCAAAGAAGACACGCUAGCUCAAAGGUUAAGGGAAAGGGCUAUCCCAUUUAUGCGAAAUCGGGCAGAUAGUGAAGAAGAAUCAUACAUGGUCAGGUGGUUGAAGGACGUUGCAUCAGAAAAUCAGCUAGCCAUUUGUUUGGCAGUUAUUGAAAAUGGAUGUGGGGAUUCACCAGUGGAUGGUAUGUUUAAAGAUCACAUAGAAAUGGUAGAAGCUGUAGUUCAUUGUUUAUAUGUUUGUUCUUCAACAGAUCAGUGGAGUACUAUGGAAUCUAUUUUGUUAAAACUUCAUGAAACUGUGAGGGGGAGAUCAGCUGGUUUAAGCGAAGGUUUCAACUCUAGUUGUGAAACACAGCAUCUUGGAACCUACAAAUUUCCAAAAAUUGAAAAUUCCACGGUAUUUUCUAACCAGCUUGAUGGUGAGCUAAACAUUGAUAUGCUGGAGAAGAGGAUAAACGUUGCAGAAGGCCAUGUAGAAGUGGGAAGGAUGCUGGCAUAUUAUCAGGUUCCAAAACCAAUGAGUUUCUUUCUUGAUGCCCAAUCAGACGAGAAGAGUGUGAAACAACUUCUUCGUCUCAUUCUGUCAAAAUUUGGCCGACGUCAGCCUGGCAGAUCAGAUAGUGAUUGGGCUACCUUGUGGCGAGAUAUGCAAUCUUUUCGGGAGAAAGCAUUUCCUUUUCUUGAUUCAGAAUAUAUGUUGACAGAAUUUGUAAGAGGACUUCUAAAAGCCGGUAAAUUUUCACUUGCAAGGAACUACCUUAGAGGAACAAGUUCAGUUACUUUGGGUUCAGAGAAGGCUGAGCAUCUUGUUAUUCAAGCUGCAAGGGAGUAUUUUUUCUCGGCUUCGAGCUUGUCUUCCAAUGAAAUUUGGAAGGCUAAGGAGUGUUUAAGUCUUAUUCCGAAUAGCAGAAAUGCUCAAGCAGAAUCUGAUAUUAUCGAUGCUCUCACAAUCAGACUUCCUAAUUUGGGGGUGACUCUCCUCCCUAUGCAAUUUAAACAAAUACAAAACCCCAUGGAAAUCAUCAAGAUGGCUAUCACAAGCCAAACUGGCGCAUAUCUCAAUGUAGAGGAGCUUAUCGAAAUAGCCAAGCUUCUCGGAUUGAGAUCAAACGAUGAUAUAGCUUCUGUAGAAGAAGCCAUUGCGAGAGAAGCCGCAGUUGCUGGUGAUCUCCAAUUGGCUUUUGAUCUGUGUCUAAUUUUAACAAAGAAAGGCCAUGGACUCGUUUGGGAUUUAUGUGCUGCAAUUGCUAGGGGACCACACCUUGACAAUAUGGACACCAGUUCAAGGAAGCAACUUUUGGGGUUUGCUUUGUGCCACUGCGAUGAGGAAUCAAUUGGGGAGUUAUUAAAUGCUUGGAAAGAGUUUGAUGUUCGUGAUAGCUUUGAGAAGUUGAUGAUUUCAACUGAAACAAACCCUCCGAAUUUCUCUGUUCAGAACUCUUCAAUUAUUCCCCUUCCUGUUCAUAGUGCUCAAGGUAUAUUUGACCUAAGAGAUAGUUAUUCCAAGAGUGGGAAGAAUGAUGAAGAUCUCUUUAACGUCAUAAAGGAAACACUUUCCAAAAUUUGCACGGACUUACCGUAUGAAGAAGCGAAGAGUUGGGAGUCUCUUUUGGAAGAAAAUAAGAAGCUUUUGUCCUUUGCUGCAUUAGAACUUCCUUGGCUUCUAGAGUUGUGUGAGAGCGAAGAAUUCAGUAAGGAAAAAGAUAUUUCUAGUGCCAAGUUUCCCUCUAGGAAACAUUGCAUUUCAACAAAAAUGCAAGCUGUAAAUAGUAUCAUUUACUGGUUGGUCGGAAAUGGUGUUACCCCAAAGGAUGAUCUGAUUGCAUCUCUUGCAAAGUCUAUAAUGGAAUCACCUGUCACUGAAGAGGACGAUGUUCUUGGGUGCUCAUUUCUGCUGAAUCUCAUGGAUCCUUUCAAUGGCGUCGAACUAAUAGAGGAGGAGCUCAAAAGAAGAGGAGGCUAUCAAGAAAUGUACAGCAUCAUGAAUGUAGGGAUGGUGUAUAGUUCGCUGAAUAAUGCUCAGAAGGAAUGCCAUAGUCCUGAUCAGAGGAGGAAACUUUUACUCCACAAAUUUCAUGAGAAACUUGCUUCGUUUGCUUCAGAUGACUUGCACCAGAUCGACAAGGUGCAAAGUACUUUCUGGAGAGAGUGGAAAGCAAAACUGGAGGAACAGAAACAGCUUGCUGAUCAAGCAAGAGCACUCAAGCAAAUAAUACCUGGAAUAGAAGCUGCUCGUUUUCUAUCCGGGGACAUCGAUUAUAUUAAGAAGGUUGUUUUGUCCUUUGUCGACUCAGUCAAGCUGGAGAAGAAACACAUUCUCAAGGAAGCUGUGAAGCUAGCAGAUACCUAUGGCUUGCAACGAAAUGAGGUUUUGCUGCGGUUUUUUGGUUGUGCCCUAGUUUCUGAACACUGGGAAAAUCGCGAUAUUCUGGCCGAAAUCUCAGAUUUCAGAGAGGACAUAGUUAGAUAUGCUAGUAAGGUCAUCGACAUGAUCUAUUCAGAUGUCUAUCCGCAAAUUGAUGGGCAUAACAAGCGACGGCUUUCCUAUGUUUACAACCUCCUCUCAGCUUGUUACUCACGUUUAAAGUGGACAGAAGACCCAGAAUAUAUGAAAUAUCUCAAUCAAGGACAUUCUUACAUCGUAGAGCCGUUUCAGUAUUACAAAGUUCUGGAACAAGAAUGCCAAAGAGCCUCUUUUAUUGAUGGAUUAAACUUUAAAAAUGUUGCUGGCUUAGAUGAUUUGAAUUUUGAGCAUUUUAAUGAAGAAAUUUGUAAAUAUAUCCGUGAAUCUACUGUGGAAGCCCUUGCAGAUAUUGUCCAAUCUCUGGUUAAUCUCUAUGAUGAUUCGCAAGCCAAGGGUCUUAUAUCAAAAGAGGGUGUUUCUAAACAUUACAUUUUAGCAUUGUUGGCUUCUUUAGAAGGCCGAAACGAAGCGCGGUCAACUAGUAUAAAUCCCGAUGAAUUGCAAGAAUUGAUAGGAGAAAUUGAGCAAACCUAUGACAGUUGCAAGAAAUAUAUUCAAGCCCUUCUGGAAACAGAUAUUUCGUAUAUUAUCGGGAGAUACUGCACCCUAUGUUUUCCGUUCAAUUUCUCACGGAGCCUACCACAUGAAAUCGCAUGGAAGGACUCUUUGGUUGUUCUAGUGGGAUUUUGGGUAAAGCUUGUUGAUGAUGUCACUGAGAAACUAAGCCCUUUCGAGACAAACCGGUUGUCCCGAUGUCUGAAAUCGUUUAAAAGAUCGGUGAUUAAUGAUGAGAUCUCAGUAAACCAAGGUUGGGAUACCGUCUCCAAUUACAUCAAAUUUGGCCUAAUUAAUGGCUUGGUUCCAGAUAUUUCAUGUUUUUGCAAAUCCAUGAUUUUUGCGUGUUGUCCUUUCGAAACAAUAGCUGAAGCGUAUUACGGAACAGAAGGGCAUUCAGACCACAAACAUUUCAAAACUGCUGAUUCUACGAAUCUUUUAGAGCUCUAUGGCAGUUCAGCGGACGCGUUGCUAUCGGGUCUAAUCGAGGGCUUGAAUGAGAGCAAUAAUUUGCAUAAUCUAUUGUCAUCUUUGAGCAAAUUUACGGGAAACUAUACUGAAGAUCUUAAAAUCAUCAGAUCUAAAGUUUGGGAGAAGGUGAGUAACUUCUCCGAGGACAUGCGUUUAGAGAGCCAAUUUAGGGUUUAUGCUCUGCAAUUGUUGCAAUGUAUAACAGGGAAAAACCUGAAAACCCUACCGCCCGAACUUACUUCACAAGUUGAACCGUGGGAAUCGUGGGAUGAGCCUUUCACGAGUAAUGAUGUCACUACUGAGAGAGCUGAUGCUCCUAGCAGUAUCACGAGUACCCUAGUUGCCCUAAAAUCAACUCAGUUGGUCGCCGCAAUUUCUCCUCAUAGCGAAAUAACCCCCGAGAAUUUGUCAACUGUUGAAUCAGCAGUUUCCUGCUUCUUGCACUUCUCGGAAAGUGCUUCUUCUGUAGAGGAUCUCAAUGUUUUGCAAGCUGUUUUAGAAGAAUGGGAGCAGUUAUUCUUGAACAAAGAAGAAGAUCAUGAUCAGACCCAUGAAUCACCGAAAGACUUAAACAACUGGAGCAGCGAUGAGUGGGAUGAAGGCUGGGAAACCCUUCCAGAAGAUUUGGGAAGCAUGGUUAAAAAGCAAGAUGGUCCUGUUUCUGUACAUCCCCUCCACAGUUGCUGGACGGAGAUAAUGAAAAGACUCGUGGGGCUUCAUGAGCUACGAACUGUAGUAAAUCUGCUCGAUCAAUCAUUAUCGAAACCCAUAAUACUAUUGGACGAAGAUGAAGCACACUCCUUGUAUCAAAUUGUGGUUGAAGUGGACUGCUUCAUGGCUCUGAAACUAUUACUGCUUCUCCCAUACGAAGGGCUCCGGUUUCAGUGUUUACAGUUAGUUGAGAAUAAAAUGAGAGAAGGAACCAUUUCCAACGAAUCAAAUACAAAAGAUUACGAGCUUUUAGCGCUUAUAUUAUCGUCAGGAAUUGUCGGUAAAAUUGCUAAUGAACCAGCCUAUCGCAAGGUAUUCUCCUCUAUAUGCUAUUUAGCCGGCAAUCUCGCUAGGAUUUGCCAGAACAAUCUGCUCGUGAAAUCGAAGGGGGAGAAAAACCGAGAAAAGGGGAACGAUUCAUUACUAUUUGUGAUGAUUCUAUUGCCUUAUUUUGUAUCGGAAUUGAUCUGCGGAGGGCAACAUCUAGUAGCCGGGGCUGUUGUUUCGAGGUGGAUGCACACGCAUACAUCGCUCGGACUCGUAGAUGUAGUCGGGGCGAGUCUGAGAAGGUAUUUGGAUGGACUGGUUGUCCAGGUACAGCGAGAAGGAGAUGCGGAGCUUGGUCUUGUCGGGGCAGAUAAUUCAUUCUCUUCCAUAAGUUUUACAGUUUCCAGGUUGCGGAGUAAAUUGGUAACUCUGUUGCAAUCUGCCUUGUUAGCCCUUCCCGAUAAAAGUGGAAAAUAAGAUCAAAGCUUUUUUUUUUUUUGUAUAUAACAUAUUUACUUGUAUUGCUGAGGCAUUUUACAUAGAGGGGGAAAAAAAGGUUCUAGAACUGUAAUUGUAGAUCUCUACCGGAACUUUCAAUAUGGCGAAGGAAACAGAUCGUCGAGCGGUUAUUAUAU